AUGUUGGAGGUGGCCUCUGCCAGAGCCACGGUGGCUGAUACAGAGAUGCAUGGUUUGAAAACAGUUUCUCCCAGUCUGCCAGGAGAUGCCCGCGCUGGGCGGACCAGUGGCGGCAUGCGCUCGAAAAAAAGGAGAGGCAGCAAUGCGGCCUGGAACGCGGCCGAAUCCACGUACCCUUUCUGCCUCAUGCGCUGCCGCUCGUCCCUCUGCUGCUGGCGGCCGCCCGCCAGGUUCAUCGACGUAGAGAACCAGGACGUCCGUGCGCGGUGGCCAGACAUGGGCAGCUGGCAGGUUAUGACCGUUGAGCCCGCCGACUAG